UAUAAAUCGAUUGCAGUAGUAUUAUACAACAGUUCCCCCUCUUGACUAAAGUAUUGUGAAAGUACAUUUGCGGCCCCUGCGCGGGCCCCGUUGGCGACGAGUCUCCUUGGCGAAGCCGGUGAAAGCAACUGAAACGCUCGGAAUGUUAGCCUGCAAUUCGCGGUCUAACAAAUGCGAAAUCGCACUAUUGGUUUAAACAUUCAAUUACGAGUUAAAAUAGAACCCGCGCGACCGCGCUCUCUUAAAACCGCUACAACAUAAAAAAGUUGAGUAACGAACAGCGCGUUGCCGUCUGCUCUAUGCGACCUUGAAAGCAGAGAAAGAGAAGUUGUGAGCCAGCCAGCUUAAGAAAAAAAAACUCGUCUGUAGUGGGGACCUGAAGAGAAAAGAGGGGAAAGUAAAGGGAGAAAUUAAGAGCUAGUAGUAUUACGAGCGGUUUCAGGAGCAAAGCUUCCUUUUUGAGUUAAUUUGCAACAUCGGGAAUGGCGCUAUUUCCAAAGUGUUGUUGAAAUAAAAUUGGCCCCCGGACGGAAUCCAAUACUUUGUGUGUUGUACGAAUACCAUACAGCGGUAACGGCUGCUUGUUGUGAAGGCUCGAACUUCUCGUUCACUUUUACUUUCAUUUGUGGCGCAACACAGUGCAGAGUGUCGUGGCCCAAAAAUAAUAUCCACUCUAUGUGAAGUUUAAGUAAAGAGCGUAAACUUGUGGUCGAUUAUUUCUCUGUGCUAUGAGGUGGACUAAAUUGUCAUGUCACAGUGCUGUGCUGCGCCCUUUGGUACUCGUGGUGCUCCCGAGGAUACGACAAACGCACUCACGAGUGCUCAAUAGGAUUACACUAUUUUACGGGUGAUUUUCGACCGAAAUAUUUAUUUCGCCAUGUACUCUGAAGAACAAGAUUCCCACGGUUUAUUAACUUUGCAUUACGGCAAGCAUCAUGCAACUAUUAUAGAAGAAAUCAAAACGUGUUUUACAUCCGAAAAUUUUGCGGAUAUGACAUUUAUUUGCGACGAUAAAACGGCACUUAGUGCACAUAAGUUAAUAAUGGCAUCUGCGAGUCCUCUUGUUCGCCGUAUUCUUGGCGAAAGUAUCCACGCUCAUGGGCCGAGCGUAAUACUCAUCCCCGGAAUCAAAAGCAGCCACUUUAAACACCUUUUGGAUUUCCUUUACAACGGGCAAGCGUGCAUUAAGUCUAGCGAAUUGGAGAGUAUACAGGAACUAUUUGAACUAUUGCAAAUUAAGUCGGAUAUGUGGCAGUCUUCGGAGGCUAACGAUAAGCAGUCGGUCGACAAUUGGUCACAUAGCGACAAUGAAAAUUCAAUGCCGGUACAAGUAAAAACGGAAGAAAGUGCGGAGGACGAAGAUAAAGAGGAGGGCGAAAUCAAAGACGACGACGACGACGAGGACGACGAAAGUAACCAUACGCCUACAGAACGACGAAGCUCAUCGCCAAACCCCGUUAAUCUUUCACUUAACACAAAACCACCCGAAGACGGACACGACACGGAGGAAGAAAUCGAGAAUCAGAAAGCGGGACAGAAACUUGUAAAUACAUUAAAAAUCGGACAAUCCACAGUAAAAAUAGCGCCAAAGGUUCACGAAUUAUCCCAAUUCCACCACCAUCGAGUGAAACGCAAAACCAUGUACAUCGAACCAAUCGAUUUAAAACAUCAGGAAGAAUUCGUCCCUUUAAAACCACCUAGUGGAGAACAAGAACUAAUGUCAUUAGUACAAAGUCCGGAUAAUUACGUGGUGACACCGCACCGAAAGAGAAGGCCGGGAUUUCAUAACUCUCCAGCUCAAAAUCCGCCUUUUGUUCCUUUUUCACCCUCUUACAUCGACGACGGGGUACAUCGGCAUCGUUACAAAACGGUGCGACAUCCUCUGCUGGCAGCGCAUCACCCUCUUUCUCUAUCGGCGCCCCCUUUCGUGGCUGAAAGAACGCACACCCCUACACCAGGACAGCAUUCCGAUACAUCUGGACCGUCCGACAAUGUCGUAGUUAAAUAUCGUCCUCCCAGCGCGGAUCAAGGAAUUUCUUCCGAAUCUUACCAGCAAUUCGAGCACACUUGGGGUGCAUGGUCGUUGUGUCAGGCGCAAGUAAACCCUGUGGGAGAUGAUAAUCGGGAGUCGUCUGUGUUGUUUGUGGGCGGUAGUGACGAUAACAAUGAAAGUUCGCCUUCCGCAGGAAAUAGCAGCAAACAAAGCGGACACGCCGGACAGGUGCGGGAAUAUCGUUGUGAAUAUUGUGGUAAACAGUUCGGAAUGUCGUGGAACUUAAAAACUCAUUUGAGGGUACACACAGGAGAAAAACCUUUCGCAUGUCGACUGUGCGUGGCCAUGUUUAAGCAAAAAGCGCAUUUAUUAAAACAUUUGUGCUCUGUGCAUCGUAAUGUGAUAUCUUCUAACGAAGGGAAUGUUGGUCGGUUUAACUGUUGUUUUUGUCCCCUAUCUUUUGAAUCGUUACCUGAGUUAAUAAGGCAUUUAUCCGGACCACAUAAUAACCUAUUACUAAGUAAAAAUAUGCACGAACUUAAGUAAAUUUUAUUACAGGUAAUUGAUGACGAAAAUUGCGGUCGUACACUAUACAUUUUCGAGAACGACCGCUUUUGCGUCUCUUGGAAAAAAUGUGAUAAUGCAAACCCGUUAAUACCUUUGUUUCUUAAAAAUUCAGUUUUCGCAGGCAACCCUCAGGGAUCCUAUUUAUAGUGCCUACAUCACUGAGAGGUAUUAUUAUGAGGGGACCUAUUAUGUUAAGCCAGAUAGUUACUUAAAAGUGUUAGUUUUGUAAAAUAUGUACAUAAUUGUCAACCGUCGUUGUGUUCAGUCGAUAUAGCUUACGAUUUAUUAAGUAGUGACAAAUCACAAACUUUAUUGCCAAUUCGGCUGGCCCGAAUUUAAAGUUGUGUUAAACCUUAACGAACUGACCAAUUCCGUUUUUAAAUUAUUAGUACGUUAAUAAAUUAUUUUCAUUUUGUUCACGCAUAAGCGAAGGGUGAUUUUUCAUAUCUGCGCUUACAAAUACUGUGUAUUUUAAAGUCGAUAGGCAGCUGAAAAUUCGCAUCGUUCGCUUAUGUGGUUGCAUAUCUACCUACUAAAUUAUUCAGUAACACCUCUAGCUUUUCUGUAUAUAUUUUGUAUAAUUUUACUUACUACAGACCAAAGAACUAAAUUUUAGAAAAUUCAGGCAGUGACAGAGCCCCCGUUGCGUAUGGGGUAAGUGUAAUUACGCGAUAACGAUUAAUCUCGGUGCGAUCUCAUAUUUCUCAAAUUUACAAUAAAGCGCUAUAAACAAAUCCUACCGCUGGGAAAACGCCCAAAUUUACCCUAAUUUUACGUUCUCCCAAAUAGCAAACAGUUUACUUCGGAUACCUACCAUUUUUAAAUUGUAAUGAAAUUAACUCGUUUUAGAAGAAAUCUUGAUGCAGCCAUGAGACGAUUUUGUGCAAAUUGUAGUACAAAUGCCUUUAGAUUAUUUUUUUAAUUAGUUAGUACCUAUACAGUUUUGUACAUAUUGUGUUUGAAUAAAUCGUUUCGUUCGUAA